CUCAUUUAAUCCCGAUGUUUUGUUGAAGCGACUUGACGGAGAAGUGCUCGCCUAGUGCUAACAGUUAGCAACAGGAAAAAAAACAAAACCAUGUCAGAUGAAGCAGCAAAUCAAAACGACAACCUAAACACUUAAUGCGUUCAGGGAUGGAGCCGAGAGGUGUGAAGAACAGCACAAAACAAGAUGAGCGUUUAAUUUUUCUGAAUUACGGAGACAGCCCAACUGAGGAAGUUUUACAGAACCGAUCACAAAGCACCAUGUCCAUAGCACCCACCUCUCUGGUCCCAGUAAGCCCCUUGAUGCAGCCCGUGUCUGGAGAUGUUCCCAAUGGACUAAUCAACACACCCCCUCCAGAUGAACUCACCAUUACUUUACCGUCCUCUGUGGAUCUCUACACUGAGGAUCAGGAAUUAAAAAUGAUGGGAAAGGACUUGAAAGCUCUGCAGUCUUUUCAACAGCAGUCUGCUUUGGGCGUCUACAGUUUGGGGGACAGUUUCACACGCCUCGAGGCCAGCAUUGCAGAUCUAAACAGUUCAGUUCCAUCGGUGGACUCUUUAAUUGGGGAAAUGGAUCCUAGUCUGUUCCCUCUGAAAAGUGAGGACUUUUCACCAAUCGGUAAAGGAGAUGUUGAUCUAGAUCAGUCUCCGUUCGAAAAAGAUGACACCAUUAACCCGAAACUUUUCAGCGAGAACACCUUGGACCUCUUGCAUGACUUUGACCUGCCAGGGUCACCUGCUGAUUUCUAUGUCAAUAACGAGUUCCCAUCAUUGGAUGACGACUCUCUACUGGGGGUCAUUGAAUCAGACAAGGACUCCAAGCUUAUGGAGUCAAUAAACAGCAGCAAUGGCACCUCCACCAACAUCAACGGCGGCACCGGCUUAAGUUCUCCUGGCAUUACCACAAGUAUUCAGAAUAUAGUGGUUAAGAUAGAGAAGGAGUCUCUGCUGCAGCUUUGUACUCCAGGCGUGAUCAAGCAAGAGAAUGCCAGCGGGAGGAGCUUCUGUCAGCUGACUUCUGAUCUGGGAAGCCCGAUCAGAAAUACGCCCAUCGCCAUCUGUGGCGUUAGCACCUCCAGCGGCCAGAGCUACCACUUCGGAGGCCCAGUGUCAAGCACCAGCCAGCAGAAAGAACAGAAGCCCAUCUUUAGUGUGUACACACAACCGGGUACUGGGGAAGAGUGGGGCAGGGGAAUCGGAAUCACAACUGGAAUACAGCGGAGGACCAGCGAUAACUUCACCUCUACCCAGAGCUUCACAACUAGCUACAGCUCCAACACUGCCAUGUCCUCCAGCACAUCGAAAUCCAGCGGCACACACAAAGUCUGCCUGGUGUGUUCCGAUGAGGCCUCGGGUUGUCACUAUGGCGUCCUCACCUGCGGCAGCUGCAAGGUCUUCUUCAAAAGAGCAGUGGAAGGGCAACACAAUUACCUGUGUGCCGGGCGGAACGACUGCAUCAUCGACAAAAUCCGCAGAAAGAACUGCCCUGCCUGCCGCUACCGCAAAUGUCUCAUGGCCGGCAUGAACCUGGAAGCACGUAAAGCCAAGAAGAUGAACCGCUUAAAGGGCGUGCAGCAACAAAACAUCAUUGAGCUCAGCCCUCCUCCAAUGGCCGGGGUAACGGCACUGGUGCCCCAGGCCAUGCCCCAGCUAGUGCCCACCAUGCUGUCCCUGCUCAAAGCCAUUGAGCCAGAGACUAUUUACGCCGGCUACGACAGCACGCUGACAGACACCUCCACACGGCUCAUGACCACCCUGAACAGACUGGGAGGACGCCAGUUCAUCUCUGCCGUCAAAUGGGCCAAAGCUUUGCCUGGUUUUCGAAACCUUCACCUGGAUGAUCAGAUGACUCUGCUGCAGUCCUCCUGGCUCUUCCUCAUGUCGUUUGGUCUGGGGUGGAGAUCCUACCAGCAGUGCAAUGGCAGCAUGCUCUGUUUUGCUCCAGACCUGGUCAUUAAUGAAGAGAGGAUGAAAAUGCCCUACAUGAGUGACCAGUGUGCCCAGAUGCUGAAGAUUUCCAACGAGUUUGUGAGACUGCAGGUGUCGAACGAGGAGUACCUGUGCAUGAAGGUCCUUCUACUGCUCAGCACAGUGCCCAAGGACGGUCUAAAGAGCCAGGCUGUGUUUGAUGAGAUCAGAAUGUCUUACAUAAAAGAACUGGGAAAAGCCAUUGUGAGGAGAGAGGAGAACUCUAGUCAGAACUGGCAACGAUUUUACCAGCUUACUAAACUACUGGACUCCAUGCACGAUAUGGUGGGUGGACUGAUGAACUUCUGCUUCUACACGUUCGUGAACAAGUCGCUGAGCGUGGAGUUCCCAGAGAUGCUCGCGGAGAUCAUCAGCAACCAGCUACCAAAAAUCAAAGCCGGGAGCGUCAAGCCGCUGCUCUUUCACCAGAAAUAAAAUUAGUGGCAGCGACAGGACAACAUGCCUUAAAGUUACACCACAUCAUCAAGCGUUCCUCAUUAACCAUGCUGAGGGACAGAGAGACAUAGGGAAGUGCGAUGGAGGGCU